GGAACAGAGUCUUUGGAGAUUCACGAGAAUUCGCCUUUUGCCAAUAGCAAGAUUAGUCUCCUUACGUUAUUGUCAGACUCAGUCAGUUCCUUUUUCGUGAGCAAUGCUGCUUAUGGAACUCUACGGAAAGCAAAGAGCAUACAAAUUCGAUCUCUUAGUCCUACUUGGGGCGUAGCAGGAAUAUCUGUACCCAAGAAACGCUCGAACAUGCAGAAGUGGAGAUCCAGGCAACUGAUCCACAAGAGAUGUGCGAUCGAGCUAACACAGCAGAAUAUAUGGAACAGCGCUUUUAUUUACCUCGAUUGUCCUAUCUCAAGCUAAUACAUCAUACUCCAGACUGGGGACAGACAAAAAUCGUCAUCUCGUUCGCCAGUCCAAGAUUACUUGAAUUAUGCAUAGAUGGUACUCUACCAGCUGAAUAUGUGAUUAAUUUGAUAGACCAAAAUCACCGUUCUCUCGAAAUUAUCGAGCUUGCGUCAGUCACAGGAACUUUGUCUCAUGAUGUUCGAGUUGUCGAGAAACUUUCUUCCGAGCUCAUCUUAAAACAAAUAUUAAGAAGUGGUUUGAGACUCAAAUCCCAGGAACUGAUUUGCUAUGGGACUGAUUAUCUUGAUUUACAGUUCCAGACUACUUUUGGAUAAGGGCAAGUACUUCACACCUGCUAGGCUGACCAGCUAGAGGCGAAUCUUUCUAUAGAAUUGAAUACACACAUACCAGCCAGGAAACCCUUUGAACCUGGCGAGAUGUCCUAGUUUAAUCGAAGCUCUCUCCUUCUACCUUCCCGCCUUCAAGUACAACGCUAUUUUGAAGAUGGGGUUUACUCUCAUGCUACAGCCCUAUUGCACUUGGUGGUAUCAUAUUUUGCCGUACGAACAAUUCUUCAAUCUGACGCUUGUACAAGAAAGAUGCUUGUGGAUCUUACGGCUGCAGGAGUGAGCAACUUAAUUGAGGAAAUCUUAUCAAGCAAAUUGACCACCCUGUGAGCAUUUCGCACUUCUUUCAACGCACCUUCGAUCCACGAUUUAGCAUGUUUAUUGCAGGU